AUGGAUAAAUUAUUACAAUCUUAUGGAAAUAAGUAAAUAUAUCAAAUUCAAACAUUUAUUCUUUUUUUAUAUUUCUUUUAUAAUCUUUAAUUUUCUGUCAAGCAAUAAUUUUUUCAAUCUGAAGAAUAAUGGACGAGUUACUACUAUUAGUAUUGCAAGCUACACAACUCGAGAUACAACAGAAAAUUUUUAUUCAUGUCACAUUUAUCAUUAUAGAAAUAAAUCAAACAAAGCUUUAGGUCAAACUUUUUUUACAUUUGGUAUUACUGUAGUAGAUAAAAAUGAAGAAUUUGAAAGUACAAUUUGGAAAGAAUGGAGUCUUAUUUAUGAAAUUAUAAUUGUGUGUUUCAUAAUCUUAAUAAUUUGGUAUUUGUUGGAAAUAUUCCAAGAUGCCCGAAAUGGCAAUGGUUUUUAUAGACUUCCACAAAUGUUAAAUACUAAUCCCACAUCUAUUAUAAACUUUGUUUUAUCUAAAAAGGGUGUAACACUACUUGGCAGCGAACAAGCUGUAAAUGAAGUUGUAUCAAGAAUUUUAGAUGAUAAUUGAAUCUUUCAACUAAACAAAAGGCACAAAGUAUUUCUUAAUAUUCUACAAUAAUUAUAGAAUUUAAAAGCACUAAUUAGUGAAUUAAUAAAAUUCCUGUAUUUUUUUAAUGUAGUUACAAAAUAGAUUUACAUAAAUUUCUAAUUGUAACAUUAAAUAUAACUACUUUUAACAAUAUUAAAGAUAAUAUUAAUAUUCUUCAAGUCAUAGCAGUAUGAAAUAAUAUGAUUUUUAUAGGAAAAUAUUUAGAUGAUAUGAAUUAAUAUAAAAAAUAUAUUUAUACAAGUGUCGUCUAAUAACGAUAGCAGCUUAUAUUUACAUUUUGAAGACAAUAUAACAAAACAUGAAUGUCAAUUAUUUAAUAUAAAACAAAACAGCCAAUGUAUGAAUUUGUAUUGGAAAAACUAUGAAUUUGUUCAUUUCACGUUUUGUAUUGUUUGUGUAAAUUUUUGCAAUCAUUGUUUUUGUUCAAAUGAUUCUGAAUAAAUGCUGUCUUAUAAUAAAAGAAUUGAGCAAAUAUCCUCGUUAAAUUUAUAAUAAUUUCAUAAUAUAUAAAAUAAUAGAUCAAUACAGUAAACGAAACAUAUAGCUACAUUUUUUCAUUCGCUACUACUAUUGAUAAUUACAGAGGAAUGUCGAGUCAACAGAGGUAACUCGAAAUGCCAUUUUGUAUCUUUAUCCAUAUUGAGUCCAUUAGCUAUUUCAUAGUUUAAUAAUGGUGGCCUUGCUUUAAUGCCUAAUGUUGUGGGUCUUUUGCUAGGAUUCUCAUCUAACAUCAUGGCCAACAAAUUGUACUAAAAAUAAUAAUUAUUGAUUUUGUCUAGAAAAAAAGACUAA